AUGAGACUUUUGAUUGCUGCGGCGGUUGCAUCGCUUAUUCGGGCCUCCGCGGCUGCUAGUGCAGCUGAUUGGAGGUCCAGGUCAAUUUAUCAGGUCUUCACGGAUAGAUUUGCGCGAACGGAUGGCAGCACGACCUACCCUUGCGACGUCAAUACCAACAUAUACUGCGGUGGUACAUGGAAAGGUCUCGAGAACAAGCUCGAUUAUAUUAAGAACAUGGGCUUCACUGCGAUCUGGAUUUCGCCCAUAACUGCGCAAGUCACUGAGGCCUACCACGGCUACUAUCAGACCGAUCUCUAUAACGUGAACGAGAAGUUCGGCACCGCCGACGAACUCAAGUCGCUCGCUUCUGCUCUUCACUCCAAGGGCAUGUACCUUAUGGUAGACGUCGUCCCGAAUCACAUGGCAUUUGCCGGGUGCCCCGACAAGGUGGAUUACGGGCGGUUCAAAGUCUUCAACAAAGCUGACCACUUCCACUCGUACUGUCCCAUGGAAAACAUGGCCAAUCAAACCGAGGUAGAGGACUGCUGGCUUGGAAACUGUAACAUGACGAUGCCGGACAUCAAGACCGAGAACCAAGAAGUGGCGGAUGAAAUGAACCGCUGGAUCAAUUCGCUCGUUUCGAACUACAGCAUCGACGGCUUGCGCAUCGACAGCGUGAAGAACGUCAACAAGGAUUUCUUUCCGCCGUGGUGCCGGAGCGCGGGCGUGUUCUGCAUGGGUGAAGUGUCCGAGGGUUUGGCGAACUACACCUAUCCAUAUCAGCGAUACAUGGAUUCUGUGUUGGACUACCCGCUUUACUACGCCAUGACCCGGGUGUUUCAGCAACAGUCGAACAUGUCGGACCUUGUCGUCAACCUCGCUGCUUGCACGAAGAAUGCAGAAGCGGGAUGCAAAGACUCAACACUGCUGGGAACAUUCUUGGAGAACCAUGAUAACCCACGGUUUCCGUACGCGACCAAGGAUCUCAGCUUAGUCAAGAACGCGUUGGCAUUCACCAUCUUGAGCGAUGGGAUUCCUAUUGUGUAUCAAGGCCAAGAACAACACUACGAUGGCGGAGACGACCCAGGAUGUAGAGAGGCGCUGUGGUUGUCAGGCUACAACACCGACGCCCCGCUCUACAAACAUGUCGCCUACCUCAACCAAAUCCGGAACCACAUCUCAGCCAAGCACGCCUCAUAUUCGACAUAUCAGACUAACGUCCUUUCUUAUACGUCCGACGUCAUCCAGCUCCGCAAGGAUGCUAUUCGAACCAUCCUUACGAAUCAAGGCGAGCAGGGUGGCACCUACACGCUGACGACGCAGGGCAUGCAGUUCACGAGCGGUGCUACUGUCGUGGAUGUGCUUACAUGCACAAAGUAUACGGCGAACGACAAGGGAGAAGUCGACGUGAAGAUGCAAGGUGGGAGUCCGAGCGCAUUGGUAGAGGAGGGCAGUCUCACGGGAAGCACCAUGUGUGGAUAUACAUGA